UCAAACGCAUUUUCCAGAUGCGAAAAUACCAAAACACGGAAAUAUUUCAUCAUCAUACACACGGUAGUUUUCAGUGAAAAUCGGUGUGACAGUGUUAUCUAAUCAUGUCCGCCUCCACAAUGGCAAUGAAUUCCUUAGAAAAUGACGAUUCCUUCGUAAUUUUGGGAUCAAGUCCUCCGCAGUCCUUUUUAAUGGAAAAGUCAACGAUUGGCACUUCGAUGAGUCUCAUUCCAUCGCCUACUCCGCAAGCAGUUUCAAUUCAACCGGAAAAUUCCCCGAAGAAUUCCUUGCAAAAUGGCGCAGUUGGUGGACAAGAAAACAAAGAAAAAAGUUUUCAAGGCCAUUCAACGAGUACAAAGCCGGUUUCGUUGGAUAAAAAUUUCGCUACAAAAGUAAUUCUCGGUCAAAUUGACCCAAAAUCGAUGCAAUCGAGUCUUUUUGAGCAGUUUCCAAGUUUAAAUGCGUCGCAAGUGCAAGUUGAUGACAUCAUGAAAUUAUCAUGCCUCGUAGAGGAACAUCAACAAUUGAAAGAAAACUUGGAAAAGACAAAUGUGUCGAUGCGACGUCAAUUCACGGUGUUGCAAGAAUGGCAAGAUACCGUCAAGCGACGUCUCCGUGAGAAAAAUGACGAAAUCGAGAAACUCAAGAAGGACUUAACAACCAGUCAAAACACAAACGAUCGCUUAACGCAAGACUUGGCAGAGCUAAAACACAAAUACGAUGAAACUGUGGCGCAAUUUUCCGCCUUUCAGGUUUCCGCAAAGAAGGAAAUUGCCGAUAUGACAAUGGCCGUAUCGGAAAAAGACGCGAUUAUCAAGAAUAUUCAUGCGGAAAAUGAGCGUUUGCAGUUGGAAAAGGCAGAUUUUGUCGUUUUGAAGAACAAUAAGCCGGAACCCGCUGUUGAUCCAGUGGAUUUUGUGCGAAAAACUGAACAUGAGGCGAAAAUGCGGGAGAUGCGACAUCAAUUGAACGAAUUGGCAGCGAAAAAUUUGGAAUUUGAGGACAUGAGGAAGACAUAUACGGAUGAGUUGAGCUGCUUGAAAGUUAAUUUGACGGCAGCGGAGGAACUACAUCGCGAUAUGAGAGAUACGAUAACGACACUGAGACUCAGAGAUGAUGAAACGCGCAAGAGGAUGGAUGAAACGACGACUCAAUUGCAACAAAUGCAGGACGAGAAUGCACUUUUGAAGGUUCAGGUCGAAGUGUAUCAAAAAGACUUUUUGAUGGAACGUGAAGCACGUGAAAAAUUAGUGACUGAAAAGGAAAACAUCUUGUCAGAGCUUCAAUUGCUAAAAAUGAGGAACAAACAAUUGAUUGAUCAUGAGCAAGAAAGACUUUCAAACGAAAAUGGCGGCCCAUCAACGCCUCAACAACCCCCAACUGACUCAACAUCGACUGGAGCAACCCGAAAAUCAAAGUCAAAAAGCCCUGAAUCCGAUUCUCUACCCAUCCGAUACAUCUGUCCCGUGUGCAAUCACGAACUGAAAACAUUACGACUCCUCGAGCAACACAUCGACAUUUGCUUGAAGGACUAA